AUGCUGUCAAAGGCUUCACCAAUUUAUUAUAGACACUUGGAUCCAGUCAAACACAGGACAGAAGACAAAAACUAUGCUAGUAUGUUCCGUGCGAGACAAAGUCCCAAAGAAUUUCAAACAUUUUCCAAAGAUUACAGCUACAUACCGUAUUUGUAUCGACUGUUGUCACGUUUAACGACCAAAGGUGAUAUAGGCAAUAUAACACCCGAAAGAGAAUUCCCAAUGACAAAAAUAACGACAGAAGCCAAUUAUCCAUCAAAGACACAAACAGAUUGGCUGAAACUAGAGUUGGAAAGGCUAAGAGAUAAAAAACUAAAAGAAUUACAAGAUCUCGAGAACCAAAGCAUGGACGAGUUUGUAUCAACUAAAUCUAUUGGAAUAGAUAUUGAUACAACUAAAUCGGAACUAUCGCCUACCCGAAUUAUAUACGGCUUUCUAAUUAUCUCUAUUAUAAUAGUUUGUGCAACAUUCGUCCAGUUGUGUAGAAGAUUCUCCUCUGAACUGAUUUGUUCGCCAAAUCCAAUCAGAAAAUCUAUUGCACAGAAACCAACACCAUCAGAAUUGGCGGAAACAACUUCAAUAAUACAGGAGACUAGAAAAGAAAGUAUUUCAACAAGUAUAUCGUCACUUAAUUCAGAAAAUUCGUUCAUAAAUGUUAAAAGGAAGAUCGAAGAUUUGAACAAAGAAGAAACCGAACAGUUGAUCACCUUCCUUACCUCUUACUAUAAACCGGAACCAUAGAUAAUUUUUAAUAAU